CUGAGAUAUACAGUUACGAAUAUAUAGUUUACGUGUACAUACAGCAUGUCCUACAGCAGUGACAAUUCGUGUUUUGUACCACAAUAUGACACAGCAGUGAGCUCGGUAACAUACAGCUCACACGUGAAAGUGAUGUUUAGUCUCCUGAAAGCACAGCGUUGACCUCCAAGACACAAAACCCAGAAGAACAUUCGCACCCGUGCUCAGCGGAUCCCGCAGCGCUCUAAGUGCGGUGUGGGACCGCGCCCUAAGGAGAGACAAUAUUGACACAGGAGGAGCGUCCACGGCCAAAGGAGAGACGGCUGGGGAGAUCAGCAGGAGCCAGGAAACGCCACGGGAUACAAAGCAAGCAGGCUGAGAGCCGGUGGACGCCGGACACACACACGGCUCAGAAUCAGAGGACAGGGGACACGCACUAAAGACAUAUGGUAGGCAGUCAGCAAGGCGAGCAUCACACAGCGUGGGACGCGCACAGAGCCGAAGGACAGGGGACAGCGACGCAGAGCCAUGGCUUCCGUUGGGCAGGUGAUCUUCUGGAGCAUCAUCAUCCUCAUUUUCAUCGUGGCAGCGCUGAUCAUCAUCCUCCUGUGCGUCGCAUUUGCGCGCAGGUCUCCACUGUGCAGACCGGAGAGCCGUUCCCUGUGGGGAACCUCGGCAACGACGUGCUGCUCGACUGCGAAUUCGACCCGUCUCCCGCCAACGGGAAGAAGGCAGCCGACGCCUCCGUGACCUGGACGAAGGACGGCCUCCCCGGGGUCGUGUACCUCUACGAGAACCGCGCCCCCCAGCUGCAGGACCAGAAUCCGCUGUUCAAAGACAUGGCCCAGGUGUUCCCGGAUGCCGUCGCCAACGGCAACGCCUCCCUGCUGCUGCGAAGCGUCAUAACGGAGGAUGCCGGCACAUACCGCUGUAGCGUGGUCGCCCCCAGCAGCCAGGGCACCGUGACCGUUAACCUCCGAGUUGCUGCGUUUUCUGCCCCGAGUUUCUCCGAGACGAACGGCACCCUGACCGCGGUGGCGCAAAAGUGGUUCCCCGAGCCCAACGUGACCUGGUCAAACCGUAAUGGCAGCACCCUGAACGCGACCACGAGCCUCUCCAACAAUUCGAUGGGGAUAUUCCGCGUGGUGACGACCUUGAGCGACCCGCUGCAGCUGGACAGUAUCUACAUCUGUACCAUCCAGAACAGCCUGGUGCGCUCUGUGACCCAGGCAACUGUCGAAGGCACAGACAUUUUUACAAAUACUUUGUUCAGCUUCAGCAGCGCCUCGUCUGCGAUGAUUCCUGGGCAAGCGCUCGUUCUCGUCCCACUGCUGCUGGGCUGGCUGCUCUGCUGAACACAGUGACACACACAGUAACACACACUCCAACCAGAGCUGGACACACUAACACACACCACGUCCAGAGCUGUAACAAACUUCUUCUCUAGAGGAUGUAUUCUGCCACUGUGUGUGUGUUCUGCAUGGCAUGACAGUCCUCCAUCGGAGUGUGUCAGUGAUGAAGAGUCAACCUUGUGCUUUCCGAAAUGACAGCAUUCAACGUGUCCAGAUCUGUCAGGCGCUCUGCCAUCCU